GCGCCUUUUCCAUAGGCUAUACCUUCUGACGCUUGGAGAGGCAACAUUUGCGGUUGUGUACUGGCAACGGGUGUUGCUACCGCUGUUUCCGGCAACUAUGGAUUCCUCCCAGCUGCAGGCCUUAAUUAAUUACUACUGCCAGGAAGGCUAUUUCCAUCAUGUCCGGACAGUUGCAAAUGAGGGACUCAAGAUGUUCAUCAAUGACCCAGUGUUCAUUUUCUACCGUGCCUAUGGCAUGCUGAUGGAAGGCUUCACUCAGGAGGCACUUUUGGAGCUUGAAUCUAUUAAAAACAAGGAAGAGGUAUCCCUUUGCACACUGAUGGCACUGAUCUAUGCCGAGAAAAAGUCCCCAAAUCCAGAUCGAGACGUGAUUGUGGAACUCGAUAUGAAACUGAAAGACCAUCGAAAGGUUGCGGGACAGCAAGCUUUGUUUUAUGCCGCUCUGUUCCUGUGGCAUCUUGGCCGCCAUGAGAAAGCCCGCGAGUACGUUGACAGAAUGAUCAAGAUCUCCAAUGGCAGCAAAGAGGGAUUUGUUUUGAAAGGAUGGAUCGAGGUCACCUGUGGGAAGGAGACCAGUGUUAAAAAAGCUGUGAAAUACCUGGACGAAGGGCUGCAAAAUGGGAAUGAUAUCUUUGCCUUGAUGGGUAAGGCGCAAUAUUUUGAAGCACGCCAGAAUUAUUUGGGAGCUUUGGAAGCUGUCAAUCAAAUAAUAGCCAACUCCCCUCACUUCCUCCCUGCUUUUAUAAAGAAAAUGAAGCUGCAGUUGGCUUUGCAAGACUGGGAACAAACCACAGAGACAGCACAUAGGUUGUUGCAGAAAGAUGCUCUUAACUUGGAAGCUAUAAAAAUGGAGGCCAUACACUCUUUAUGUAGGGAAGGAAAUAUACCUGAGGCCUCAUCAAAGUUGGCAGAUUUAAUUAGUGCACUGGAAAAACUUGAACCACAUAAUCCUCAGCUGUUCUGCAAAACAGCAUUAGUUUUCAGCAGAACGUGUGGCCGCAAUCCGCUCAUCCUUCAGCAAACUCAAGCGUUGGUGGAGAGAGCUUUCAGCUUGGCUACUGACAAUGCAGAUAUUGCUACAGAACUUGGUUACCAGGUUAUCUUACAAGGGAAGAUAAAAGAAGCUGAAAAAUGGUACCAGACUGCUAUGGCUCUUGAUGAGUCAAGUGUUCCAGCAUUAACUGGGAUUAUCCGUUGCCAGCUAAUGGAAGGGAAGUUGCACGAUGUAGAACAGCAGUUGGAGUUCCUGAGUGAGGUCCAGCAGUCUAUUGGAAAAUCUUCAGAAUUAUCUUACUUGCGGGCAGGUUUGGCUAUGAAGAGGCACAGAAAGCAAGAAGAAGUUAUUGGCUUGUUGAAUGAUGUGCUGGACGUUCAUUUUUUGUCUUUGCAAGGCUUACCUCUUGGUGUUGAAUACUUUGAGAAAUUAAAUCCUGACUUUUUGCUCGAAAUUAUUAAGGAAUAUCUUAAUUUUUGUCCAACGCAGCCUGCAGGUGCGGGGCAGCCAUCUUCUCCCCUUCUCAAAUCUUGUGCUUCAGUCCUUGAAACCCUGGUAAAAACUGUUCCCGGUCUCCAGCAAGCUGCCUUUUUAGCUGCAAAGGUGAAAUACUUGGCAGGGAAUUCGGAAGCAUCUCGAAGUAUCCUGCAGCACUGUCUUGACAGGAAUCCUGCUGAUGCGGAGGCACACCUUCUUAUGGCUCAGGUUUAUUUGUUGCAAAACAACUUCACACUCUGCUCUCAGUCUUUGGAACUCUGCCUAAGCUACCAUUUUGAAAUUAGAGAACACCCUCUGUACCACUUAAUAAAAGCUCAAGCCCAAAAAAAGAUGGGAGAAACGGCAGAAGCCAUUAAAACCUUGCAGAUGGCAAUGAAUUUACCUGGGAUGAGAAGAGCUGCCGCUUCCUCAAAAUCAAAGCCGACUAGGAUUGAAAUUGACCCAAGCGACCGUGUGUCUGUCUACCUGGAGUUGGUUGAUGCUCAUCGCUUGAAUGGCCAACAGCAUGAAGCCAUUAAGGUUCUCCAAGAUGCUAUCAACGAAUUUUCGGGCACUCCUGAAGAACUGAGAGUUAUGAUUGCUAAUGCAGACCUUGCUCUCAUGCAAGGGGAUGUGGAAGAGGCUCUGACAAUGCUCAGAAACGUAACAAUAGAUCAACCUUAUUUUGUUCAAGCGAAAGAAAAAAUGGCCAGGAUUUAUCUUGAGUACCGAAAAGACAAGAAGUUGUAUGCAAACUGUUACAGGGACCUGGUGGAAAAGCUACCAAGUUCUCACAGCUUGCUUCUUCUUGGAGAUGCAUACAUGAAUAUCCAGGAGCCUGAAGAAGCCAUAGAAGUUUAUGAACAGGCUUUGAAGAAGAACCCUAGAGAUGGGGCAUUGGCUUGUAAAAUAGGAAAAGCUCUGAUCAGCACACAUAACUAUGCAAAGGCAAUCAAUUAUUAUGAAGCUGCUAUAAAAACUGGACAACAGAAUUUCCUCUGCUAUGACCUGGCUGAGCUGUUGCUGAAACUGAAGCAGUUUGAAAAAGCAGAAAAACUCCUAUGGCAAGUUUUAGAACAUGAGCCUGUGAAUGAUUUGUCCUCUCUGAUGGAAGACACCCGCUACCAGGUUCUCCUUGCCAAGAUUUACAGCAAAACAAAUAGGACUGAGGAUGCUAUUGUUUCAUUGCAGCAGGCUCGGGAAUUGCAGGCCAGAGUCCUCAAACGGAUUCAGAUUGAGCAGUUGGACGCAGUUCCUGCGCAGAAGGAACUGGCAGCUGAAAUUUGCGCUGAGAUAGCAAAGCAUUCAGCAGCCCAGCGAAACUAUGAGAAAGCAAUUAAGUUUUACAAAGAAGCUCUUGUUCAUUGUGAAACGGACAGCAAGGUGAUGCUAGAACUUGCACGUUUGUACCUUGCUCAUGACGACGUGGAAGCGUGCCAGCAUCAGUGUGCUCUGUUGCUGAAGAACGAUCAAGAUAACGUGGCUGCUUCUAUGAUGAUGGCUGACCUUAUGUUCAGGAAACAAGACUAUGAACAAGCAGUCUUUCACUUCCAGCAGCUUUUGGAUCGCAACCCCGAUAAUUAUUCAACACUGGCACGUUUAAUUGACCUGUUAAGAAGAGCUGGAAAGUUAGAAGAAGUUCCAAGAUUCCUUACGAUGGCUGAGAAACAUUCCCCCAGAACAAAGCUCGAUCCGGGUUUUCACUAUUGCAAAGGACUGUAUCUUUGGUACACUGGUGAACCAAAUGAUGCCCUUCGCCAUUUUAACAAAGCACGGAAGGAUAGCGAUUGGGGGCAGAAUGCCAUCUAUAACAUGAUUGAAAUCUGCUUGAACCCGGACAACGAAACAGUGGGAGGUGAAGUGUUUGAAAACCUGGAUGGGGAUGCAGACAGUUCCUCAGAGAAGCAGGAGUCUGUGCAGCUGGCCGUGAGGACGGCAGAAAAGCUCUUAAAGGAAUUAAAGCCACAAACACCCCAAGGUCAGGUGCAGCUGCGCAUCAUGGAAAAUUGCUGUCUUCUGGCAACCAAGCAGAAAUCAAAUGUUGAGCGAGCACUGAAUGCCUUCACAGAAAUAGUGGUUGCAGAGAAGGACCACGUCCCUGCCCUUUUGGGAAUGGCCACAGCACACAUGAUCUUGAAGCAAACGCCACGGGCCAGAAACCAGCUGAAACGCAUUUCAAAAAUGAACUGGAACCCCAUCGAUGCUGAAGAGUUUGAGAAAAGUUGGCUUCUGCUUGCUGAUAUUUACAUUCAGUCCGCAAAAUAUGACAUGGCCAGUGAAUUAUUAAAGCGGUGCCUUCAUCAUAACAGGUCCUGCUGCAAAGCUUAUGAAUAUAUGGGGUACAUUAUGGAGAAGGAGCAAGCAUACAAGGAUGCGGCUGUAAACUAUGAGAUGGCAUGGAAAUACGGAAACCAAACAAGUCCAACAAUAGGUUUCAAGCUGGCAUUUAAUUACCUGAAAGCUAAAAGAUACGUUGAUGCAAUCAACAUUUGUCAUAAGGUUUUAGCAGCACAUCCACAUUACCCCAAGAUCAAAAAAGAAAUACUCGAUAAGGCCCGUACAGCGCUAAGGACUUGACCAUUAUUAUAAGUAUUUAUUGUAACUGGAGGGUAAAAGGUUUUUGGGAAGACUGACUGUUAAACCAGUGUCGUUGUGGAUGAGACAUGAAAAAAAUGAAAAGAGACUCAUUUUCGAUAUUUUCCUCCUCAGGUCCAGGAUGGUUUAGUAUUUGGGGGGUUUAGUAAAUGCAAACGAGAAUCGGUGCCUGUUCCCAUCCACCUGUAGGUAUUGGCAGCAAUCCAAAUAAAUCACUUCCGCAUGAAGGCAUGACCAACCAAGGCGGAACUCUCUUUGAAGAUUCCUCUAAGGCAGAGAGAUUUUCAGAGAAAGUUCCAUCUGCUCACGAGUUCCUUUAUUAUCACGCGGGUGAUUUAUAUAGGUUGCAGCUACUGCUUCAUAAAAGAAUCCUCAUAAGCAUCAAAGAGGGUUUACUAAAAUGCUGUAUCCGUUGUGUUGAUUUUUAACUGGCUCCUUUCACUUUCCGAAAUGAGCUUCUUCUGUGCUGGAAGCCUUCUAAAUCAAAUUAAGAACUCAGUCUGGGGGUGGGGAGGGGGGUUAAGUCACUUUUCCUUAAAUAAUGACUGACUGACUUUGUUUCUGGUUGUAGUAUGGAGGCCAUUGCAUGAGUAAAACAUCUGUGGUUCCAUUUAUUUCCUAAGGGUUUUUUUUACUUUAAAUUGGGGUCCUGUUUUUUUUCUUCUCCCAAUGAUCUCAAAGCUUUUUUUCUUUCAGCCGUGCUGCAAGGUAGGGUUUAGUUAAGGGGAAAUGAAUUGCCCCUGGCCACGAUCUGUGUCUUAGUCAAGCAGAUGAUAUUUAAAGUUUAAUUUCUCUCCUCCAAACCUAAUACUUUGAUAAGCAAAGCACUAGUCAUCCUUCAGAUCUGUGAUUCUGAAAUCAAGAUAAGAUGAAACCUCUUUACUGGAAUUUCUAAUCAAAUUACAAUUUGUUUUAGUGGUCUCUCAUUUACCAGUUUGCAUCAUUCAUUCAUUCAUUCAGUCUUUUGUAUCAAAGACUUCCUCCACCAAUAGCGUGUAUAGACUUGGGGAAUUCUCCCCUUGCAUAGCUUUUUCUGGUUAUUUUCCAUUUUACAAUUCUAUAAAAUGUUUGCAGUAUUGUUCUAGAACACACUGCAGAGAGCAACCAUUGGCACUUACCAUGAAACAGGCUUCCAUUUAUUCCUAUACCCCUGGCCUCUUUUGCUGUUACACUGACUCCCUGUUUUAAAUACAACUACUUUUCCAAAUGUUGAGGCUGUUCUGAAAAGGGG